GACCGGCAGAACGACCGUCGCCUUGCUCGCUGAAAUAUGUGCCAGUGCCGUCAUGCGCUCCUCCUGGCCGUCUGGUGGAUCUGCGCGUCGAACGGCGACAUAAUCCGCAAUGUGGACAUCUGCGGUCCGCACAACGGGCGUCGGUUGUACGUGGAGUUGGGAGAGCAGGGUUACCUCAGGGCCGACAAUGUCUCCCUCGUCAAGAAUUCGGCGCUCCAGGACAGCUCGCGGCCCUACGCGACCAACAGCAGCCACAACCAGUGCAGCCUCGAGCUCAUCACCUGUCCCUCCUGCGUCAUCAAUCUCACCUUCAAGAGCAUCAGUCUGCUCCACCACUGCGACGACGGUGGCAUGACCAUCGACAGUCCGUGCAGGUGCGAUUACGUGUGGGUUUCGGAGCCUCCCUAUGAGGAUGUCUCGGGUACACCCUUUUGCGGCCAUUACGCGCCGAUCACGUACCGAUCCAACACCAGAACUUUGUCGAUCGCCCUGCUCUACAGCCAGUCGCACGAGCAUGCCUUCUCCGUCGAGUACACGGCUGAAAGAAAUCGGCUGGUCUUCAAGGGCUCGAGCACGACGAGCGACAUAUCGAAAUCGACGAACAACACCGUCGGGGGCGUCCUUACGUCGCCCUUUUUCCCCGCCCGCUAUCCCCGCGACCUCGGCAUGGAGUACAUCGUGUCCUGUCCUCCUGACACGCCCACCUGCCGCGUUCGCAUCAUCUUUAGCGACUUUCAGCUCGCCACCGUCUCCAUCAUGGAGUUCUACGACUGGAACGGCCAGCGACUGGACGUGAGUAGCGGGGCGCGCUUCCGGCCGCCCAUAAUCGUGUCGUCGGGCCCGUCGCUGCUGAUCAGGUUCUACGCGAACGGGGGCACUGGGCUGGGAUACAAGGCCUUUUACUCCUUCGUCCUGGGCCAGACGUACGACAAGCACAACCACCCGGUGACGGAUUGCGGUGGCUACGUGGACAACCUCGGCGGCACCAUCACCAUGAUGGACAUGGUCGGCGAGGGUGUCAAGACCUACGACUGCGUCUGGCUGAUCAGGCCGCCCAAGAAUUUCCUCCACAUGAAGACCCACAUGUACCUCAAGGUCAUCACCUUCGCCGAGAUGGCGGGUAAUACAGAGCUGAUCAUCAAGCAGGGCCCGACGUCCGCCCUGAUGCCCUUGGAAAUUUUGCGGCACCCGGUGAGCCAACUGCAACCACCAAAGUUACUCAGUCACAUAGCCCCGAUAACCAGUGGCUUUCACGUUAGUCUGCGCGGUAGUUUCGGACCCAACUCGAGGCUCGCCAUUGCUUACGCGACUUUCAGCUACAUGGAUUGCUUCACUGGCUCGGAUUUCCUCUGCCAGAAUCACAGGUGCAUCUCGAGCUACUUGAACUGCGAUGGCUUCGACCACUGCGGCGACAACAGCGACGAGCCUGCCACUUGCUUGCACGAGUGGGACGUCAGUAUGCCCGAUCGCAAGUGGCAGCUGAACAAGGCGAACUACUACUUCCCGAAGAUCGACCGCUACCCCGAUCUAAAGACGGCAACCCUCGUCUUCGUAGCCAGCAGCUUGGGCCUGAUUAUCCUCAUAUCCACCCUGCUGAUUCUGUUGUACAGAGUCGGGGCCAGAGCGCGACAGCAGCGAGAGCUACAGUCGCGACUGCGCACCAUUAGCGAGCUUUUAGACGGUGCGAGAAUCGACGAGGUCUCGGCAUCGACGGACGAGCCACCGGUAUACGAGGCGCCACCCAACUACGAUGAGGUAAUCAAGCUCGGCAUGGACGAGGAGAGCGGCGGCACCCGCCGCAAAAAGUGCAAGCUGCCGGGUGGCAGCCGGCGCAGCCGAAGCAACCCGUCCAGCCAAUGCUCCUGCGAGUGCGACACCCAACAGUUGACCCUCAACAUCUGCGAGGACGCAGCGCUGAGCAGCCAGACGUCCCCGCUUGGCAACAGUGGCAACCUAACCGAGCACGUGGUCCCGGAAAGUCCUCCACCUCCGUACGUGACCCCACCGGGUACUGCCCCGCUCAGCUUUGACGACGCGUUUGUCAACGAUCUUCCCGGUCCCAGUGGAGCCGGGAGAACACCAAUGCCCUCGAGUGAGAGGCACGAGUCCUCGGAUUCUGGCAGCAGUCCGACGCAAGUGCACGUCUGCCGGGGCGACUGCCAGGAGGCUCGGGUUCGACGACGCCGGCUCCGCAACAGUGGCUCCCUCUCGCGCUCCCUACCGGUGUCCCGAGCCGGCUCGAGCUCACCGCCUCUGGGGCGCAACGGCUACAACAACUACAGCACCCAGAGCAACUCCUCCGAAGUCCCGGACAACACGCUCGGUGCGUAUCUCGUCGGUCAGCAGCCUCACCAGCCUCCCACCUGCAACCAUCAACAACAACAACAACACCUCUACCACCACCACCACCACCACCAUCAUCUGCACCAAGAACAACAUUCAUUGCCAAUAACACCAACAGCGCCACCUUUACCUGCGCUAGUCACAGUUCAAGCUCAAGUCCCAAGUUUUUGCUGCGACAACAACUGUAGUUCUCGUCUCCCACAGCCGAAGAGAUCGAGCGAUGCCUCAACCUGCACGAGAGCCGGGUUCGCCGCCAGCUGCGCCAGUGCGGCCGUGCCAAUCGUGCCCAUCGAGCUGCACCGACGGGAUGCGGCCGACCCAGCGCCAGUAGUAGUGCAACCUCAGUCCGCCGACGGGGAAGGGGCCGGGGUCGAUGAUGCGCCUGGCACACCCACGAAACAGUCCAUCCUCGCUUGUACCUGCGAAGGAGCCUGCGGCUGCGCCAGUGCACCGAGAAAUGACAAAGGGGCUCCGGUGCAGCAGCUGCACCGGAGCUCAACCGAGGACGAGUCGCCCUCGGCGAGAAAGCGGAUAACCAAGGUAUUAGCGGGUUCGCGGCUGACGACUGUUAGGCCCCAGCUGAGCCUGGACAGCAGCUGCUUGUCGACGAGCUGCUCAACGCCCUGUGGUACCUUUAGCGAGUUCUGCCGGGGCCCAAAACUCGGACGGAACAAGCCGUGGCUGAUUAGCGAUAGAGUCAAACUUAAGGACGAGUUCGACGUAGUGUCCGAAACAACGAGUAUUCUGGGCCCGGGCACUCUGGCCAAUACCCCCAAGAGCACGCCCAUCAAAGUUCCCAGUCUUCCGAUCAUCGGCUCGUUUGGCUGCACCAGAUACUCUUCCACCCAUGGUGGGGAUAUAGAUGAUCUUUACGAGAGCAUCAAGAUUCUCGACUCCUUCCUGGCCCAGCGGAGCAACAGUUACAGCAGUAGCGACAGCAGUGGCUGCUCCAGGCAGGAGAGUACGCAGAAAUUGUCUUCAAGGAGCACUUGGCCGAUGGCCGUCAUGCUGUUUGGAACUCCCAGGCAUGGGGUUAGCGGUAAAGGCAACCAUGGCACGAAUACGUGUGACUCGGGGGAGGGCUCUUCGAGGGUCCGCACUUGGAAGUCUGAGGAUUCCUUUGAAAAAUGAAUUUAAUCACUUAUUUUUCCGCCUGGGUGGCUGGUUAAACGAUCAGUGAUUUUGUUUUACUUUUAAAUAUUUCAACGACUAAAGUGAUUUUUAAAAAAAAUAGCUGUAGGAAAAAAUGUGAAAGAAUUAUUUGUUCACAAUGUUCCGGAACUUUUACAAACCAAAGCAGAUGCUCUUGUAUAAAGUUUGUUGUUGACGAUAAAACGAAAGAUGUACAUGCAUUUGAUGUUAGUAAGGACGGAAAUGAAUGAAUCGUAAUUUUUAAGGAGGUAUAUCAGGUACAUAUAGGAAGACUCGAGCCUUAUCGAGGUAUACGAUUUGAUUAGCAAAGUACUCGAUUUUAUCUCGAAAGAAAAAAAAAAAUAUUGGAACUUACAACAAUACGUAUGAAAUAAUUUUAUUCAUAACUUUGGGAGAUUUGUAAAAAAAUUUGUCUGUUUCACGUUGUUUCGUACACCUGCUAAGCUUCAUGUAAACAAUUUUAAUUCAGUGGUAAAGUAGAGUGAAAUAUGUAUACUAUGAAAAUUAAAAACUGUAAGAUAUAUUAUAUUCUAAUAAAAUUUUAAAUUAUACAUUUUAA